AUGUCAGCUGACGGAUCAGAGCUCCUCCCACCGCAGCCGUCCACUCCUGAUGUCUUUCCAGGAUCCAUCAGAGACCACAGUCCUCUGGACCUGAUCCUGGACCCAGUUGUGUGUCCUUCAGGAGUGACCAGUCCAUAUUUUUACCACCAGUCUUUUCCACAGAGACGUAAGUUUGAUGAGAACAUCUGCACUUUUGUCAAGAACCAACUGAAGAAGUUCCAGCAGGUUCUGAGUCCAGAUUACCCAGAAUGCUUAGAGAGUCCGAGUGAUGAGGAUGAAGAGCAGAGGAGGAGCUCCGAGGCUUUUCUGCAGAUCACACUGAACUUCCUGAGGAGGCUGAAGCAGGAGGAGCUGGCUGAGCGUCUGCACCGCAGAAGUCGGUCUGGAGUUCAGCAGCGGAAACUGAAACGUAACCUGCAGCAGAAGUUUGAGUGUGUGUUUGAGGGCAUCGCUAAAGCAGGAAACCCCAAAACCCUCCUGAACCAGAUCUACACAGAGCUCUACAUCACAGAGGGAGGGGCUACAGAGGUCAACCAGGACCAUGAGGUCAGACAGAUUGAAACAGCAUCCAGGAACCCACACAGACCACCAACAACCAUCACAUGUAAAGACAUCUUUAAAACACCAGCUGACAGACAUCAGCCAAUCAGAACGGUGCUGACAAAGGGCGUGGCCGGCAUCGGGAAAACAGUGUCCACACAGAAGUUCAGUCUGGACUGGGCUGAAGACAAAGCCAACCAGGACAUCCACUUCAUAUUUCCAUUCACCUUCAGAGAGCUGAAUGUGCUGAAACAGAAGAAGUUCAGCUUGGUGGAACUGGUUCAUCACUUCUUCACUGAAACCAAAGAAGCAGGAAUCUGGAUCUUUGCAGACCACCAGGUGGUGUUCAUCUUAGACGGUCUGGAUGAGUGUCGACCUCCUCUGGACUUCAACAACACUCAGAUCCUGACUGAUGUGACAGAGUCCAGCUCAGUGGAUGUGCUGCUGAUGAACCUCAUCAGGGGGAACCUGCUUCCCUCUGCUCGCCUCUGGAUAACCACACGACCUGCAGCAGCCAAUCAGAUCCCUGCUCAGUGUGUGGACAUGGUGACAGAGGUCAGAGGGUUCACUGACCCACAGAAAGAGGAGUACUUCAGGAAGAGGUUCACAGAUGAAGAACAGACCAACACAAUCAUCUCCCACAUCCAGAGGUCCCGAAGCGUCCACAUCAUGUGUCACAUCCCAGUCUUCUGCUGGAUCACUGCUAGAGUUCUGGAGGACGUGUUGAAGAGCAAAGACACUAGACAACUGCCCAAGACCCUGACUGAGAUGUACAUCCACUUCCUGGUGGUUCAGGCCAAACUGAAGAAUGUCAAGUAUGAUGGAAGAUCUGAGACAGAUCCACACUGGAGUCCAGAGACCAGGAAGAUGAUUGAGUCUCUGGGAAAACUGGCCUUUGAGCAGCUGAAGAAAGGAAACCUGAUCUUCUAUGAAUCCGACCUGACAGAGUGUGGCAUCGAUAUCAGCUCAGCCUCAGUGUACUCAGGAGUGUUCACAGAGGUCUUCAAAGAGGAGAGAGGACUGUACCAGGACAAGAGGUUCUGCUUCAUCCAUCUGAGUGUCCAGGAGUUUCUGGCUGCUCUUCAUGUCCAUCAGACCUUCACCAGCACUGGGGUCAAUCUGCUGUCAGAACAACAAACAUCUGUUUGGUCUAAACUAUCAAAGGUCAAAUCUGCCCAGUUGUACCAGACCGCUGUGGACCAGGCCUUACAGAGUCCAAAUGGACACCUGGACCUGUUCCUGCGCUUCCUCCUGGGUCUAUCACUGCAGACCAAUCAGAGUCUCCUACACGGUCUGGUCAAACCAACAGGAAGCAGCUCAAAGACCAACCAGAAAACUGUAGAGUACAUCAAGAAGAAGAUCAGUGAGAAUGUGUCUGCAGAGAGAAGCAUCAACCUGUUCCACUGUCUGAAUGAACUGGAGGAUGGAUCUCUGGUGGAUCAGAUCCAACAGUACCUGAGAUCAGGACGUCUGUCCACAGAACAACUGUCUCCUGCUCAGUGGUCAGCUCUGGCCUUCAUCUUACUGUCAUCAGAAAAAGACCUGGAUGUGUUUGACCUGAAGGAAUACUGUGGUUCAGAGGAGGUUCUUCUGAGGCUGCUGCCAGUGGUCAAAGCCUCCAACAAAGCUCUACUCAGCGGCUGUAACCUGUCAGACAGAAGCUGUGAAGCUCUGUCCUCAGUUCUCAGAUCCCAGUCCUGUAGUCUGACACAUCUGGAUCUAAGCAACAAUGACCUGAAGGAUUCAGGAGUGAAGAUCCUGUCAGAUGGACUGAAGAGUCCAGGAUGCAGACUGGACACUCUCAGACUCAGUGGCUGUAACCUGUCAGACAGAAGCUGUGAAGCUCUGUCCUCAGUUCUCAGAUCCCAGUCGUGUAGUCUGACACAUCUGGAUCUAAGCGACAAUGACCUGAAGGAUUCAGGAGUGAAGAUCCUGUCAGAUGGACUGAAGAGUCCAGGAUGCAGACUGGACACUCUCAGGUUGGAUCCUGCUGGAGUCCGAAGGUUGACACCAGGUCCAAGGAAGUAUUUCUGUGAACUCACCCUGGAUCCAAACACAGCGCACAGAGAACUGAAACUGUCUGAAAACAACAAGAAGGUGGAACGAGUGAAGGAGGUUCAGUCAUAUCCUGAUCAUCAGGACAGAUUUGAGUACUGGCAACAGGUGAUGUGUUCAACUGGUCUGACUGGUCGCUGUUACUGGGAGGUCCAGUGGAGUGGAUGGGUUGAAAUAUCAGUGACUUACAGAGGAAUCAGAAGGAAAGGAAACAGUAGAGACAGUUGGUUUGGAAGAAAUGAUCAGUCCUGGAGUCUGUGGUGUGAUGGAGGUGGAUACAGGGUCUGUCAUAAAAACAAACAGUUGUGUUCCUCCUCCUCCUCCUCCUCCUCCUCCUCCUCCUCCUCCUCCUCCUCCUCCUCCUCCUCCUCCUCCUCCUCUGGUACAGUAUCAGUGUAUGUGGACUGUCCUGCUGGAUCUGUGUCCUUCUACAGAGUCUCCUCUGACAAACUGAUCCACCUCCACACCUUCAAAACCACAUUCACUGAACCACUGUUUGCAGGAUUUGGACUGUGGUCUGGAACCUCAGUGUGUUUGUGUGAUGUGUAGUUCUUUUGUGUAGUUGUGUUCAUGCACAUGUGGUUGUGCAGAUGUGAACACAAACAUCUGGACUUUCUACUGCUCAGCCUUUAGUUUGAAUGUGUGGCAGGUGUUGGUCCAUAAAUGUGAAUGUGAGCCUUACUGCCACCACCUGGUCUGGAGUGGGAACUACAACUGUACGUCCAAACUGACCAAACAACUCAUUUAUGUCAUUAUUCAAUUAUUUGAAUCUAAUUAAAGCCUCAACUUCAGCAUUUAUAAAUAUGUGUGUGACAGGAUCUGAUCCAUAAACUAUGAACAUAAAUAUAUGACCCAUUAAAUGAA